AUGGGCAACGGAGCCGAUCUCAGCCGUCAAGUCACCGUGACGCUCAGUCCGGCCGACUACGAGCGUCUCUUCUUCCAGCCUUCUGCGCCACGCCGUGGUGAUCUUGCCAAGCGCUUUGCCAACCCAACUCUCCUCGGCCUUUUGGGCUUCCUUAUUCCAUAUACCUCCACCGUCCUUACACUUUGUCAACUCUCGGGCUCGGAGCCGCCGUACACGCUGAUCGGUCUCUCUGGGGAUUAUUAUUUCUUGGGCUGCAUUGCCAUGAACAUUGCUGGUAUUUGUGAAUUCAUCCUUGGCAACACCCUUCCGUUUGCUGUCUUCGUUAUCUACGGCUCGCACUGGGGCUCGCUAGCCUACACUCAAGACCCAAUCCACGAGACCACCGCUCCGUUUGCCCAGCUCGGUGGUGCAACCGGUGCGGCGUACAACAGCUCCCAGGCCUUUCAUAACGUCACGAUGUGCCUUGUCAGCUUCGCCCUGUUCAUCGCCUCGGUCCGCACCAAUGUCUUCUUCAGCCUGACGUUCUUCGGCCUGCUUGGGCUUUUCGCCUUUAUCGCUGCCGCCGACUUCUACGUUCCUCAUGUCAAGACUGAGGCGCAAUUGGAACACGUCAACACGCUGCUGAGAUGUGCCGGUGGCUUUGGCUUCAUCGGUCUAAUUUGCGGAUGGUACCUGGCGAUCCUCGAGGCUUGCGAAGCCGUCGGCAUUCCUAACAAGCUUCCGGUGCUUGAUCUCUCCUCGAGAGUUUUCGCACCGAAGACCAACAAGGUUCAGAAAGAGACCUAG